UAAAAAUUGUUAUCUAUCGAUAAACUACUGAACGGUGUAAAACAAGAAAAAAAAACACAUCGUGUGUAGCGUUAUGCUUAAACAGUGUAAAACUUUCUUUUAUAGAUUCUAUUUUGAAUUAGUUUUGCAGAAUACGUACAGAGACUCCCUACAAGAUACAAACAUGGAUGAGAUGACAUUCCGUGUGUCUUUUACAAUAUUGGUGCUAAUAAUUUCCAUUUUUGUAAACUACUUCAUCUACCGAUACAAAAUAGAUAAAUACAACUCAAACGACGAAAUUGAAGCUGUUAAUCUGCCUGGCAGAGUUGAAAGUCGUGAUACUGAGCGAACCAAUAUCAAUGAAAACAGCUAUUUUGAAAAUGACAGGCCGGUCAAAGUUUUCAAAGCUAUUUCUUCACUUGAAAUGAGCAAACAAGUUCGUUUGGAAGAUCUAUCUAAGACUCAGGAAAAUGUUCUCAGUGAGAUAGAGAUGUUAAAGACACAAGUAAAACAACUUCAGUUGAAGCAAAAUGUACAGAUAUGUAACACAUCUGAACAAAAUGAACUUGAAGACGUGGUUGAAGCACUUCGAAAGGAUGUCUAUAAUCGCCUGGAAAACAUAAAUGUGCGAAUAGACGAACUAUUGACGCUUGGGGACAGAACUUACCCCAACACUAUUGAUAAAAAUCAUGCAGCUCUUAUAUGCCUUGCUGUAUUCCCUUUCAUUUUGUAUUGGGUAUGUUAUACUCACUGCAAAAUUACGGAAUUGCAAAAACUUGAGCAUGCACAGACAAGUCAAAUGAGCAAAUUUAAUUCGGAACUUGAUGCUUUGAGAAAAGAAUUGGAGACCUUGAAGCAACUUACAACGAACGAUGGAGAAAGUAACGAAGUAUCUGGGCGAAAAUCAAUUUGAAACGCUUGUGUUUUGACAUUGUUAAUAAAAUAAGUACUAAUUUAUGUUGGCAAGCUUGGGCAAUGAGAAAAGACACUUUAGAGUAAUAUAUUAAACUUUAAAUAAUUCUAAUAUUAGUUCGUGGAUUUUAUCACAAACAUAUUUUAGAAGCAUUUGUAAUAGAACUAAUUUAUCAAUAAUAUAUGUAUAUAAUGUCCUUAACGUUUCUCUAUCUUCACUAAUAUUUUUCUUAAUUACUUGUUUUUACAUUUAUGUUUUGUAUAUGUUUAAACAAUUUUGCUCAGCAUAAUAGUUUUUUUAUCUAAAUCUGUCAAGGUAUAAUAGUUUCAGAAACGGAUAAAUAAAAUGCCAUUCGCCACUUUGUGGAGGAAAUACUAGUCUUUUUAUUGGCAUGAUAAUUUCUUAAACACUUUUCUUUUAUUUAAUAUUUCUUCAAUAUUAAAAGCUGUUAUAUAUUUUAUUUUAUAUUAUAUUAAGCGAUUCCACAGAGGUAUCUUAUAUGACGACGCUGAAAACAUGUUUCUUUUCGAGAUUAAUGGUCCAAGUUAUGUAUGUCUAGACAAAUAACUUGUGAAAAAAUUUCGCUCCGUUUUUCAAGAAUGAAAAAAUGACCCAAAGUUAAAAAGCAUUGCAACACUUUUCAAAAUACUAUUUUAAGUUAUUUCUGAGUAUAUUUCUUACUUAUCUUUUGCACAUCUUUCAGUUUUAAAUGCCCAAGUUGGUCUAUAUAGAAAAUUUAAAAAAAUGGUUUUGGCCUUUAGAACCUCAGUGGAGUUUCUUUCAAAUUUUCAAAUUUGUUUGGACUUUUGAUUUUCUCACAAUACUUUUUGAUUUUCAUAUUACACUUUUACAGAAUUAAAGCCGUAAAUCUUUGAUUUCAUCCAUUUGUUUCGUACAUGCGUCCGUGUUAUUUAUAUACGAUUCUAAAGCACCGUAUGUGUGUUUAAACAGCUAUAAGUUUCCGUAUUGCCCUUUAUGUAAAAUGUCUGUAAAGGGGCAUGUAGUAUUUUCAACUGUGUCCUGUUUGAAAUUUAUAAUAACACGUGCAUGGUGCUCGAAGGUACUAAAAACCUUGACAUUUCUCUGCCAUUGCAAUACCCUCAUGUUCGCGUUAAGGAAUCCGACUGGAGAUUAGAAACUUGAAAAUCAAAGAUUUUAGGAGCAAUGCAUGUAAACUAUGAUUUUCUUCAAUGUAGAAAAUAUAUGUACUUGAAUAAUGCUGUGCAACUGAUUAUCUUCUUGUGUAAAAGAUUUUGAAAUAUUUGGAAUUGUGUUUUAGGCCAAACUGAACUUCAAAUUAAAAUUGCUCAUUUAAAAGUCCCCUGAUAGCUAUCGGAGUUAUAAUACGUCCAUGACCACUGUGUGGUCGUUAUAGACUCUGGGUGUAAUUGCAAUUUUAUAAACGUACCGAACAAACACACAACAAAUGUUUGUCGCAAAGUCGUAAUGUUUUAUAUAGUUAAAAUAUGACACAUACAACUUUUAAAAGUAUAGUCAUGUUUGACAGAAUCAAAUAUACUCGUGAUUAUCACCCUCUUAGUGCCCAGAAAUUGAUUUUCGGUAUCACUAACCUUAGUGAUGAAUACAAUAAUAUGUUAUUCCUUCACGUUCAAAAUUUCAUCAAAUUUUCAAGGAGUUUUGAAAAUGACUAAUUUUCAAACAACGCUUUUAAAUUGUUGUCCAUAACUUAUAUAUAAAUGCUGAGGACAGGAACUGGGCAGGGAUCUCCUACAUGGUGCUUAUUCUUUAGUUCAUUCAAUCAAUCAAUCUUUCUUUCUUUCUUCCUUCCUUUCUUUUUUUUCAUUUUCUUUAUUACUUUUUUUUAAUUCAAGUUUUGUUAGUCUUUGAACAAUUUUUAUAAUCAGAUUCUAUUUUCGAAAAUGAUAUCAUAUUGAUCGCUGAUAUAUACAUUUAUGGAAUUCCAAUUACAACAGAAUUUAUGCACAUCUUUUACUACAAGUGAGACGAUGUGUGGGAAGGGUCAAUUCUCUAAUGUUGUUAAAACUUGUGGCCCGACCCUUUUGCUUUUUUAUAAUAACUAUAUCAUCCAUGUAUUAACUGUAAAUGUAUUCAUUACUGUUUUGUAGUAUGUUUACAUGUGACAAUGUAUCUGUUUUUGUAUAAAAUGUAAAAGCAAUAAAAUAUGAUUAAACAAAUAGACAGAAUCAAAAAUUGGUUAGUCUGUACCUGGAACUAAAACUAGUAUGUAGGAAAUCUGAUAAUACUCUAAUCAAAACAAUCAUCAGAGACAAUCGAACAUUAACAAGUUGUAACAAUAUAAACUUUUGCAAUUGGUUAUAUCUUAGUAAUAACUGGGCCAAAUAAAAGCACAAUUUAGAUUUUUGGCAUCUGAACAUGGAAUUUGGUUUUGUCAGAGUUUUUAACUUGCUAUAAAAUAGUAUGUAUUUGGUUCUGUUCUUUUGUUUUGCUUUUCAAACACAUACAUACAGUUUGUAUUUGACAAAAUGUUCAUAUCACUUAAAAUAUCCAAAACCUUUUAGCCAUUUUGACCGGAAUUCGAACCCCAAACCUCCCACAUUCUUACCGAA